CCGCACUCAAGUCCCGGAAGCGAAAGCUACUCCGCCUCUUCCGACUCAGGUCACGACCUUGAGGCUGGGCGCCCGGUUUGCGAGCGUGCGGGGCCACCGGGGGUCCUGCAGCCCUCUCUCUUGCCAUGGCCGUGGCCCGGAACCUGCGCACCGCGCUCUUAUUCGGCGGCUUCAUCUCCAUGGUCGGCGCCGCCUUCUACCCCAUCUACUUCCGGCCCCUUAUGCGGCGGGAGGAAUACCAGAAGGAGCAGGCUGUAAAUCGAGCUGGUAUUGUCCAGGAAGAUGUGCAGCCACCAGGGUUGAAAGUGUGGUCCGAUCCGUUUGGCAGGAAAUGAGGCUGUCGACAAGUCUGAUGAGGAAAGCGGACGUCUUCAUCCUGUGCACUCUGCAGCGGGGACAAUAGAUUGCUCGCCGUGGCCGCAUGGCUGGAAAAGGAACCCUUCACGCUGCCAGCGAGAGCCCUUGUGAUCAAGACUGUGCAAAAACAGUGCUUCCUUUAAGUCCCUGGAGAACCUGAACAGAUGACGCCAUUAGCAAGUGCCUUGUGGCUGCGUUGACUUCGCAGGAGCAGAGCCAGCCUGCAGGGCUGUUUGUGGAGGCUCGCUGCUCAUGCAGUCUUUAUCACCUCUAAGCUGUAAUGUGAACACAAGCAACCUGUGGGCUCAAGGUGCACGGCUGCUUUGCCACCUUCUGGAUAAGCGAUUUCAGUGCAAACAGCCGUGCCAAGCUGCCUCACUGGGCUCUUUGAGACUGUUCCAGUUGAUAAAACUGUUUGAGGGCAGGAUCCUUGGCUGCUGAAGAAUACACUGUUCAGCUUAACCAUCUCAUUGAAAGUCACUGUGUUGGGAAGUAAAUAGAUAGGAAGCAACUCACACUAGACUAUAGUUGCACAGUAGAAUCACGGGCGAGCUAGCCAGCAGCGAGGCUGUGGGUAUUAAAAUG